AUGAACUUACAGAUCCCCAGCCCCAAUUCCCCAGUACACCAGAUCCCCAGCCCCACUUCCCCAGCCCCAAUACCCCAGAUCCCCAGCCCCAAUACCCCAGAUCCCCAGCACCAAUUCCCCAAAUCCCCAGCCCCAGUUUCCCAGCCCCAAAACCCCAGAUCCCCAGCCCCAGUACCCAGUCCCCAGCCCCAGUACCCCAGCCCCAAUACCCCAGAUCCCCAGCCCCAGUACCCCAGAUCCCCAGCCCCAAUACCCCAGAUCCCCAGACCCCAAAUUCCCCAGAUCCCCAGUACCCCAGUACCCCAGAUCCCCAGUACCCCAGAUCCCCAGCCCCAAUUCCCCAGCCCCAGUACCCCAGAUCCCCUGCCCCAAUACCCCAGAACCCUCAGCCCCACUUCCCCAGCCCCAAUACCCCAGAUCCCCAGUUCCCCAGCCUCAGAUAUCGAGCCCCAGAUCCCCAGCCCCAAUUCCCCAGUACCCCAGUACCCCAGCCCCAGUACCCCAGCCCCAAUUCCCCAGCACCCCAGAUCCCCAGCCCCAAUACCCCAGAAUCCCAGCCCCAAAACCCCAGAUCCCCAGCCCCAAUUCCCCAGAUCCCCAGAUCCCCAGCCCCAAUACCCUAGAUCCCCAGCCCCAAUACCCCAGAUCCCCACUCCCCAGAUCCCCAGCCCCAAUACCCCAGAUCCCCAGCCCCAAUACCCCAAAUCCCCAGCCCCAAUUCCCCAGAUCCCCAGCCCCAAUACCCCAGAUCCCCAGCCCCAAUACCCCAGAAUCCCAGCACCAGAUCCCCAGAUCCCCGGCCCCAAUACCCCAGAUCCCCAGCCCCAAUUCCCCAGCCCCAGUACCCCAGAUCCCCUGCCCCAAUACCCCAGAACUCCAGCCCAAAUACCCCAGACCCCAGUUCCCCAGCCCCAGAUAUCGAGCCCCAGAUCCCCAGCCCCAAUUCCCCAUACCCCAGAUGCCCAGCCCCAGUACCCCAGCACCCCAGAUCCCCAGCCCCAAUACCCCAGAUCCCCAGCCCCAAUACCCCAGAACCCCAGCACCAGAUCCCCAGAUCCCCGGCCCCAAUACCCCAGAUCCCCAGCACCAGUACCCCAGAUCCCCAGCCCCAAUUCCCCAGCCCCAGUACCCCAGAUCCCCUGCCCCAAUACCCCAGAACCCCAGCCCCACUUCCCCAGCCCCAAUACCCCAGAUCCCCACUUCCCCAGCCCCAGAUAUCGAGCCCCAGAUCCCCAGCCCCAAUUCCCCAGUACCCCAGAUCCCCAGUACCCCAGCCCCAAUUCCCCAGUACCCCAGAUCCCCAGCCCCAAUACCCCAGAACCCCAGCCCCAAUACCCCAGAUCCCCAGCCCCAAUUCCCCAGAUCCCCAGAUCCCCAGCCCCAAUAACCCAGAUCCCCAGCCCCAAUACCCCAGAUCCCCAGCCCCAACUCCCCAGAUCCCCAGAUCCCCAGCCCCAAUACCCCAGAUCCCCAGCCCCAAUACCCCAGAUCCCCAGUCCAAAUUCCCCAGCCCCAAUAACCCAGAUCCCCAGCCCCAAUACCCCAGAACCCCAGCACCAGAUCCCCAGAUCCCCGGCCCCAAUACCCCAGAUCCCCAGCACCAGAUCCCCAGAUCCCCAGAGACGGGCUGUAUGCACCUCAACCUCUACCUUCUCCUCUUCCACUACUCUCCUCCUCAGCCUACAUGUCUCCCAGCCCAGCAGUAGGCCUGACACUGAUCCCUUCAAAAUAAACUACAUCUACACCCAGAGACCCAGAGACCCAGAGACCCAGAGACCCAGAGGCGCAGAGACGCAGAGACGCAGAGACGCAGAGACGCAGAGACCCAGAGACGCAGAGACGCAGAGACGCAGAGACGCAGAGACCCAGAGACGCAGAGACCCAGAGACCCAGAGACGCAGAGACCCCGAGACCCAGAGACCCCGAGACCCAGAGACCCCGAGACCCAGAGGCGCAGAGACCCAGAGACGCAGAGACCCAGAGGCGCAGAGGCGCAGAGACCCAGCGACCCAGAGACCCAGAGACCCAGAGACGCAGAGGCGCAGAGGCGCAGAGACGCAGAGACCCAGAGACCCAGAGACCCAGAGACCCAGAGACCCAGAGACGCAGAGACCCAGAGACCCAGGCCAGAUCAUUGCUUAA